CCGACAAAGAAUUUCCUAUACGAGCAAUGAGGUGUUUAGUUACCGGCCGCGCGAUCUAAUGCAUCGCCACUGAUCGGAGAUCCCCCAAGGCACGGACGAGUGAUCCGUAUUCUCACACUCUCAAAAACUGAGACGAUGUCCUCUAGAAACUCCAGGCUUGGAUUGAAUCAGUGUCUUGAGGUAGCCUGGUGACGGAUAAAGCAAGAAGAAGCAUAUCUUUUGAAACUUGCAGGCAGGACGACCCCAAACGCCAGCCUGAUGGCAACCGCGAAGACGCAGUGCGGCGGACGAUCUCCCCUAGUUUCCUUUCAUUAUCGCAUUGUUCUUCCGCUUCCGGUCAUCCUGAUCAUGAUCAGCUUCCGCGGAACUCGCGGCACCCACAUUUUGCAUUGUGUUCCAAUCAUAGAUUGCCUUUUUGGGAUGCACUCCGAGAAUUCGUGGGCUCGUCUUUAUGUUGCUGUGCGCUUCGCAGACAUGUCGGGAGACCCUUUAUAUAGCGUAGCACAUCAUUGCACGGUCAGGCUAUUUGCUCUAUCAUAUCGCGCUACUAUGCAACAGUCGGGAAUACGCACCCAUCAGAGCAGGCUUGUCCCCAGAAACAGAUCGUCGCCGUCCACCAUCUGCGCCGCCGUAAGCGCUCCUGCGGUCAACUGCGACUCCUAUGAGAUCUUCGACGUGUCUUCGGAGGAUGAUAUGGACUUGGAUCGGGAGCUUGAGCUUGGGUUCCAGCAGCUGGCGGGGGACGAGCAGUGUGCAGGAGUGGAGCUCGGGGAUGGGAUGGACGACCUCGAGCGCAAGCUGCAAGCUGAGAUGGAGCGCUUCGAAGGCGCCGGCAGCGACAACCCAAUGAACGAGACUUCCACCGCAUGGCAUGGCGCUG